UCCCUUCUCCUCCUUCCCCACCUACUAACCGAUCUCUCUCUCCCAUUCGCGAGGCGGCGUCUCCUCCUCCCUCCCCGUCUCUCUCGCUGCCCCCGCAAAUCCGGCGGCGAAUCCACCACCGCCAAGCCCCCGCGCCGCGCCCGCCGAGUCUCCCCGUGCGCCGAUCGCGAGCAGGAAGAGGAGGAUGCUGGGCGCUGUGAGGAGGCAGCUCGGAUCCGGCCCGAUGCUGGGGCAGGUGCUGCGGAGGCUCCGCCCGGCGACGGCGGCGGCAGCGGAGGCGGCGAGGGGAUACUCCGCCUCGGCGAAGGAGAUGACUGUCCGGGAAGCGCUGAACUCUGCACUUGAUGAAGAAAUGUCUGCUGAUCCUUCUGUUUUUCUGAUGGGUGAAGAGGUGGGAGAGUAUCAAGGUGCAUACAAGAUUUCAAAGGGCUUGCUUGACAAGUAUGGUCCUGACAGGGUUCUUGAUACACCAAUCACAGAGGCUGGCUUUACUGGUAUUGCUGUUGGUGCGGCAUAUCAAGGUCUUCGACCCGUUGUUGAGUUCAUGACAUUCAAUUUCUCAAUGCAGGCAAUUGAUCAUAUCAUCAAUUCAGCUGCCAAGUCAAACUACAUGUCAGCCGGUCAGAUAUCUGUCCCUAUUGUUUUCAGAGGACCAAAUGGAGCUGCUGCUGGAGUUGGUGCUCAACACUCCCAGUGUUAUGCGGCUUGGUAUGCACAUGUUCCAGGUCUUAAGGUUCUGGCCCCAUAUUCUGCAGAAGAUGCUCGAGGCUUGCUGAAAGCUGCAAUUAGGGACCCUGACCCUGUUGUUUUCUUGGAAAAUGAACUGCUUUAUGGAGAAUCGUUCCCUAUUUCUGCUGAAGUGCUUGAUUCUAGUUUCUCACUGCCGAUUGGUAAAGCAAAGGUAGAGCGUGAGGGCAAAGAUGUUACAAUUACUGCAUACUCCAAGAUGGUUGGAUAUGCUCUUAAGGCUGCAGAAAUAUUGUCCAAAGAAGGAAUCAGUGCUGAGGUGAUCAACCUUCGUUCAAUUAGACCACUUGAUAGAGCUGCUAUCAAUGCAUCUGUUAGGAAAACAAAUAGAUUGGUGACCGUUGAGGAAAGCUUCCCACAGCAUGGGAUUGGUGCUGAGAUAUGCAUGUCUGUUGUGGAAGAGAGCUUUGAAUAUCUUGAUGCACCAGUUGAGAGGAUAGCUGGAGCUGAUGUACCCAUGCCCUAUGCUGCCAAUCUUGAGAGAAAGGCUGUUCCACAGAUCGAUGAUAUCGUCCGUGCAGCGAAGCGUGCGUGCUACAGAGCGGUACCCAUGGCAGCAACUGCCUGACCUAAUCGAGAGUCCUUUUCAUCGUCUUUUUCUUUUCCUGCUCGGCCAACAUGUGAUUCAUAAUGGUGUCCGCAAUUGCCCAAACUCAAAGCGAGCUGAUUUUUCAUAUGUUCCAUGAGAACUCAUACUCUCUUUUGUUUUCUCUCUCUCUCUCUCUCUUUUUCUUUUUUUUUUGGGUUUGCCUAAUUAUGCAGCUUAUGGUGAUUGGUUCACACUGGUGCUAGUUACAUAAAUGGAAAAACUGAGGCUCUUGAUGGACAAUUAUGUUGCAAAAGGACAACGAGAGGUCAAUGAAUUGUAACUAAUGACAACGAUUGUGCA